AUGCCCAAUGAUGCAACAAAAAAAAUAAUGGAUGGAAUUGGAAUUGCAUCUACAGAUGGAAUGGAAGAAGUACUGGUUGAAUCAUCUGGUGAAUCAGACAAUGGCCAUACUAUUGAAGAUUCGAUAAAAUUAAUGGAAUGUGCUGCCAUAUGCUUAAAACAAGAAAUGAAUAAGUAUGGAGAGGCAUCGUUUGAAACGAUGCUAAAGCGUAAAAUGCUUUGCCUCCAAAUCAAUGAAAAUAAAAUCACCCUGUUAUCUAUGAAAGUUUUAAGAGAUGGAAAAUGGGCAUGCGUAACCGAGCGUUCGGCGGUCGUGCCUAGAAAGUGA